GCACUCUCCCAUGGCAUAAUACAUCUUCACAGUGUGCAUAUGGUAAUGGUAUACGCAUUCGACGCAUUCAAUUUAGUGUCUAAUCAAACUGCAAUAUUUUUGGAUUUCUACUUUGAAUAAAAAUCCUAAUAUGAGUCAAAGUGCCAAUCAACCGUUUUGUAGUCGAAAUUCUAAAACUCUUCUAAGUGGUCGAGAUAUGCUGCGGCACCAUGUAGGAAAUUACGACUAUCCUGCAACAAUCCGACUUGUCCAACCGGAUGAAGAAGUCGAGCAGCAAGAAAAUAUUUCCAAAAUAAAAGAUGACUUUCGGAUCAUUCUGGCUCAACAGCGUGUCGGAAGAGGAGACAACUAUUCGGAAGGCGAAUGGCACAAUGAACGGAAACGGGUAUAUAUCCGCAAAGCUGUAGGAAAGUGGCACCUCUAUGGUUAUCUUGAAAACAUGAAGCGUUAUGUGGAAGCCUACGAAGCAUUACAUUUGAUAGAAAUGAACAGACUUGUUGUAUUUUGGGAUACGAUCAUAAUAUCGCUUGAACAGGCCUACGGUUUAUUCCUCGGCAUUCCCGAGUCGUUGAGUUUAGAGUACUAUAAAGUUUACAGCACAAUGAUGCGAGCUGGUAUAUAUUUAUUGAAAUAUGAUCCCAAACGAGAAUAUCGAAUGGAAACCGAGUGCAUCGAAAGUGAUCUCGACGAAGAACGGGCAUGUGUUUGGAGAAACCUGUAUAAAAUUCUGAGGCAACCUAACUCACUGGUUGAACAAAAUCUCGGUGUUGAUAGCGUUUUAAUGCGGCGAGUUGAGAGAUCAAUGGAAAAUUACAACCUCUCGAUAGCACAGCAGUUAAAUCCAAGCGAUGAAAACGAACAAUCAGAUGAGUAUGAAGUUGCAAAACGAAAAGAUGAUGAUUCAAGUGCCGAUCAACCCAGUAAAAGGCAACGAACUGAAACUAUGCCUGAACCUGAAGUUGAAAACAAGUCUAAACUAGACAGAUUCCUUGAUCUUUUCGACAGUUUCGACGUAAUCCGCAGCACAGUUGAAGCUGAGCUUGAGACCGAUCAAAAACUUCCAAAUACCACACCUCAUUUCGAUGUGUUUUUGAAUAGCGAUGGAACUACAUUCCGGAAAAGUCAACCAUUCAUACCAGAUUACCGGAUGAUAAUAAGAACAUCCUCCGAGCCGCUUCUGACGUCCAACGACAUAGCGUCAUUGUAUCAUCGCCAACCGAAGCCAGAUGUCCCUGUGCUACUGAUGCAAGUGGGGGAAACAUUGUCGGUGCAUUGUUUCCUAUACCGUUUCUGCAGUUUGCAUAAGAAUUUGGUGUUAGUUUCGCCAGAUUGCUCUCGUAAAGAAGCAAUAACUAGAUAUUAUAAUGAUGAUGAUGAUAAUGAUGCAGACGCAGAUAGCUCCGAAAGCUCAGAUGAAAAUAAAAACGAAUAAAUAAAACUUGA